ACUCCACGCGCCUCGGUCGUCAGCGGUUACCAUCACGCUGCAGCCGGGCGCGGCGGAGAGCGGCGUCACCUACGCCAGCGUCAUCGCCUCGGCAAAGGCGAGGAUUAACCCAGCGGACUUUGGAGCCCAGGGCGUUCGCCUUCGGAAGGCUGCCAACGGGGGACGUGUGUUUGAGUUCCCGGGCGCCUCCAGUGGCGAGAAGGCGGACUCCCUGGCCCAGAGGCUGCGGGAGGUCCUCGAUGAUGGCGUCGUCCGCGUCUCCCGGCCCGUCAAGACGGUAGCCCUACGGGUGGCGGGGUUGGACGACGCCACCACCGCUGCCGAGGUGGUCGCCGCCGUCGCUGCAGCGGGUGGGUGCCCAGCCGACCAGCUGAGAGCGGGGGCGAUGUCGACCGGCCGCGACGGACUGGGAUCAGUCGUGGUCCAGUGUCCCGUCGCGGCGGCGAAGAAAGUUGCUACCGACGGUCGCCUGCUGGUUGG